AUGCUUUAUGAAUUUAGGCAUGGAGACACAUACAAAGUGCUGAGGAAUCUUUUGAAGAACAAGCUAGUGCAUCAUGAUGCCACUAAAUAUGAUGGAUAUCGGCUCACCUAUCUAGGAUAUGACUUCCUUGCCAUCAAGACUUUGGUUAAUCGAGGAGUUUUUGCUUCAGUUGGCCGUCAGAUUGGUGUUGGAAAGGAGUCUGAUAUAUUUGAGGUCGCCACAGAGGAUGGUACAGUACUCGCCAUGAAGCUUCAUAGCAGACCUUCCUUUCUGUCUGUGAAAAAGGCUGUUGGUUCCUUGGACAAGGAACUAGCUGCCAGUGGAUUUACCAGGAAAGAGCAAGUGGAGAUGGAGAAGUACAUUGAGGAAGAUGCUGAAGGGCAUGAUUCCAGGUCAGAUGAUGACGACGACGACGACGAGGUCGGUGAUGCUGUGCCUUUGGUUUCCUUGAAGAUAGACCACGAUGGUUCUGAUGAGCCUGAUUGUAAUCUUGCCUCAAGGGAUUCAGAUGUGCCUGGAACUUUCUCUGAAGAGCAUGGAACAAGUUGUAGCAGUGGGACCAGAUUGGAAACUCCCUCAGGUGGCAAUGGAGAUGCUAUGAAACCGCUUGAAUCUGGGGGCAAGGUGCUUUCCCAGGAAGAUGCCGAUAACGAUGACGACUCAUCAGAAGAUGCUGAUGAAGAAGAAGAUGCUGAGCUCACGAAACAAUUGAACAAGCAAAGGAAAAAGGCAAUAGCAGCUGUCCAUGGGCGGAGAAGGCCAGUGUCAUCCAGGAAUGCCUACAAGGACAAGGGUAAGGGCACCAUAAACUCCAAGAUCCAGAGGCAGGAGUGCAAGUGGUGA